CAACCGCCACGUCCAUCGUUUCAUCCGAGUCUCGACACGCAUCCAUGAUGUACACUUGAUAGUGUCUGAUGCUGUCUGAUGUUGUCCCCCUUGUUCUAACUUCUCAUCUUUGGGAUAUUUACACUUGUUUGUCUGUGGCGUUGGAUCGCGGCUUUUGAUGCUGAACUGGCAACGACGCCCUUCAUUUUGAUCCUCAUCCUUCGACCCUCUCAUCGUCCGCCGAGUCGUCGAGCUCGACCUUGUCAUUCCCUAGGCCGGCAGGUUCCGCUGGUCUUGUCUAGACACAACGUUACACGUCCUCAGCAACGUGUUGCUUGAUUCUAGCUACUCCCGCCGACUCGACGUCGCUUUAUAAUUACUUUUCAUCGCUUGAUUCUCUGAGAUAUGGCUACUCUCCAUCCCAGCCCUAGCCCUUCUCCUGGCCCUGGUGGUAAUGCCAACACACGGUCUCCGAACCUCCGCGCUUCCAUGGGGCCGUCCGCUCGUCCCUCUGUAGGCAGCCAGGGGUUAUCGCCAGCGUCUCCUCGUCCUGGGGGCGUCUCCGGCGCUGGCAGGCCCACGAGCGAGCUUUUGGGCGGUGCUGGCAUGUUUCAGACUCCUGAAGCCGAAGCUAUUGAUCAAUGGUUUGAAACCUUCCAAAACUAUGAAGUGACGCUGGAAGAAAUGGCUGCCGCCUCUUUGGACGUUAAUUUCAAGGAGGAGUUGAGCGCCAUCGAACAAUGGUUUAAGGUUCUAUCGGAAGCGGAGCGCACAGCCGCUCUUUACAGUCUUUUGCAACAUUCCACCCAGGUUCAGAUUCGGUUCUUCAUCACGGUGCUUCAGCAGAUGGCUAGAUCGGACCCGAUGACGGCUCUGCUCAGUCCGGCAGUUGGCAGUUCCAUGCAGAGCCAGAUGGAGGCCAAACUUGCCAGCAUGAACCUGAAGUCUCCAGGAGUCAAGUCCGGGUUCCCGGCUUCGCCUACGGCACGCAACUUCUCCGGGAGCCGUGCCUCGAUGGGGGAGUCGAACAGCAACGGCUUCCUGUCUCCUGAUGCAGCGAACGUGUCCUCCGGCGGAGGCCAUGACCCUGCUGCCACGCUUGCUCAGCAGCGUGCGAAGCUGAAGGCCGGCAAUCCUAUGUAUCGCAUUUCUGCGCCGGCGCUUGGUACGACCCUGGACAGUCGCGGAUGGGGCUCGCCGUCCAGCCAGCUCGCGCAAGUCGAUGAACGCUCUUCGUCUCCCGCCCAAGAGAUCACCAUCCCGGCCCCCAGCAGUACUUCGAGGCCGAAGAGCACCGACUUCUCCGGUGUGGCGAAUGCGUUCAAGUCUCCGAAGCUUGACGACACAUUGUCGCCUAUGGUAGGAGACAGUUGGGCGAGCAUGGUGAACACGCCUUUGAUGCCGAUGUUCAGCAAGAACAAUCGUGAUGCAGGUCAGAGCUUGGAUGCUGCUGCAGUCAAGCUCAACGACUGGACCGCCAACGGUGGGGGAGUCCCGCUCAUCUCUGAUCCUCCGAAGAGGAUGAACCGUCUGUCCAAAGGGAAUAGCAAUAAUAAUAGCAGCGAGAACAACACUUACAAUGAAGACGGGAAUGGCAUGAACCAAGGAAACAACCAACAGCACGGCCAGCGCAGCAACAACGGCGGCUUGAGGAAUGCCAGCGGGGCUGGCAACGGAAACGCGUUUGGCGGACAAGGGGGAUGGAAUGGCGUGCGGAGCCCGGCGCUCUCUAACACAUCGGGCAGGCUCAGCGACGAAGGCAACAAUUUGAACGGGCUGGGAAUGGCCGGAUUUGGGAUGGGGAUGGGAAGUCCUGGACUGGGCAUGGGUCUGCCUGGCGCAGGUGGACUGGGGAUGUUCGCCCCUGGUAUGCCCAUGAGCCCGUUCGGCAACAUGUUCAACAUGAAUAGCGCUGCGGCCAUGUCGAACCUCGCGGCUAUGGGCGUAAGUCCGGAGCAGCUGCUCGCGAUGCAGAUCGCGACGGGCCAGCUCGGCCAGCCGGGCCUGAACCCGUUCGGCUUGGGCCUGGCGCAGGCGUCGCCGAGCUCGCGUAGCGGGCGCGGACUAGGGAGCGCGCGUUCGCCGGGCAAGUCGCCGAGCGUGCGCGACGCGAAGAAGGACGAGGAAGAGGUGGACCCGAAGCUGCUCGACGAUGUGCCGGGAUGGCUGCGCAGCCUGCGCCUGCACAAGUACACGCCGAACUUCGAGGGCAUGCAUUGGAAGGACAUGGUCAUGAUGGACGAGGCAGCGCUGGAGGCCAAGGGCGUCGCGGCCUUGGGCGCGCGGCGGAAGAUGCUCAAGACGUUCGAGGUAGUGCGCAAGAAGAUGGGCAUUGACACGUCUGCGAGCACGUCGCCGACUUCCUUGGCCGCUGCCGCGUGAUUUAUCGCGCUGGUGGUGGUGGUGAUUGUGUUAUUGAAGUCGAUCGACGGCGGGACGAUGGCUGGUGGGGUGGCAGUUGUUGAACGCACGCAUGGCGGCUCAAGGCCGCAUCUCCUCGUCUCUCUUUUCAGUCUAUCACUCUCAGCUUGCUCUCUGGUCCUCACAUGCGUCACCAUGUACACCUCUCACAGACUACCAUUGUAUCGAGAAUUUGUUGCUCGGCGACAGCUGUUUGGUGGACGGAGAGCGGUCUAGUGUGCGUGUUAUGGUACGCUUGUAUAUUAGCACCCAUUUGUUCCAUGUACCCGAGUUUAUAUAUAUUAUGGUUUUCUACACACAAUCUUUGUGUCCUACUGAUCAAUCCCCAACAUCCAGCUUCUUCAAGACGAUAAUGCAGAAUCGACGAUCGGACGUGGUUGCUGGUUGUUAAUCGCUCUUUCCCUGUGCGAGUUCCCUGUUACAUUCAGCUCUUCCUCCAAGCGAGACCCGCAUUUCUG